UGUUUGUUUUAUAUUCUGUGCAUCGUUUGGUCUAUGUUAUAUUAUAAUUAUUAAAAUGUAAAAUAUUUUACUUAAGCGUUAAGUUAAUUUUAUCUAUGUUUUGUUUGGUUGGAGUAGUUUUUGAAAAUGCAUACUUUGAAAGUGGGUGUUUCGUUCGGCUUGGGAGUGGUGAAUAAAAUGUUUAUAAGGAAUGCUGUUACUUCUACGGUCACGGAAACAAAUAAUAUUAAACCAUGGAAAGAAAUCCCUGGACCACUGAGUUUGCCCAUCAUUGGGCCUUUUUUUAGUUUUUUACCUGGAGGGAAGCUGUGUGGAUACAAAGGAGUGAAAUUAUCGGAAAAAUUGUACCAACUGUACGGGCCCAUAGUGCGUUUGGAUGGGGUAUUUGGCGGGCAGGCCAUAGUGAUGUUAUUUCACCCAGAGACGAUAGAACGUGUCCUUCGCUCUGAAGAGCCAAUGCCAGCUCGCCCAGGUCUUCAAACUCUGGAGUACUACAGGAAGUACCACAACAAGGCCUACGAUCCUACGAGAAUAACUGGACUUGCCUCUGAGUAAACACUUAUAUAGUUCAUAGAAAUAAAGGAUUUUUUAUAGAAAUUUAGAAAAUGGUUCGGUAGACCAACUUGUAAUUAAGCAGAUUUUUUAGAGCCUGUCACUCUUUCUGCCAUUUCUUGGUGAAAAAAGGCUUUUUUAAAUAUUAUUUUUAUGUUUUUACUUUUAAAGUAGCGUCAUACAAAAUGAAACUGUUCCAAAAUCUGUUUAUGUCUAAUACUGUCCGAGAAAAAUCAGCUUUGACACAUAAACAGACGAACCCGACGAACCUAUGGAACUCUAAAAUCGACACAACUAGGAAUGAAAGACGGAGAAAUAAAUACACUGUGAGCGAGAAAGUUGACCCUAUGCCCAUAAAAUUCCCGCCGAGGCAAUCCGUCUCUGGAAUGAUUUCCCUCUCUCUAUUCGACAAGCUCCAAGCAAACUCAAUUUCAAACGACUGCUCCGCACGCGGUUGGAGGAAGUGGCUUCUGACUUUGUUGUAAGGUAUUGUGAAAUUACAUGUGUACAGUCAAGUGUAAAGAUAUGGGUGUACACAUCUUACUCAAAAAUAUGUCCCAUAGCACCUUAGGCCGGUGUAAUAAGAGCGUAGUACCAUAUUUUUGAGUCGAUUUUUUCGAUACUUAUUUUUGCACUUGACUGUACUUAUAAAUGUAAGAUAAUGAUCUUCUCCAAUCCGCUACUCAGAAACGAUAAUGAAAACGUGAUAGAAAAUCAAUUAAACUAUCAUAUACAAUCACUUAAUCUAUAGAAUCUAAUAAUAUUUAACAACGUUUUCAUAGCAGAUAAAAUGCAACAUUCAUGUUAGUUUUUCUUAAACAAGUGAGCCUUAAUCCUUUCUGUUGAUAGUGCUGUUGAGGUGAAAAAACCUUUUCACACUAACCAACAGAAGAAAAUGACAGAAUAUUUUAUUUGGCUCUCAGAAAUAAAGAACUAAAACCAAUAAAUGAUAUCGGUCUCAUUAGGGUGAUUCUCCGAGACCCUAAUUUUCAAUGUCCGGAGGCUUAUUUCACUGAAAACUUUAGUUUAAAAUCCUGAUUUUUUUUUCAGAGAUACUUUAUAUCUCUAGUCGACUGGGACAUCGAUUAGCUUUAGUAUAAGAUCAUUGUAAUUUUUUAUAUUAAAAAAAUAUAUCCGUUAUUCUUACUACUCUGUCGUGUCCGUUCUCCAUUUUUCUCUAAACAUGUGAUGAUAACUUCAAUUCAGUCAUCUUAACGAAUAUUUUGAUUGAGUACAUGGAUACAUUAUUAGUUACUACAUUACUAAAAUUUAACAAGUAUUUUUUUAUCUAUAAUUUUGUAUUUAAAAUUUAGGAAAUAAGAGAUGUCCGCGACAAAAUUCUUAUUUCUCUGGUGCGGACUUUAUUCGCCUGUAUCGUAAACGUAUUGAAGAUUGUAGACAAACUUCCCCCCGCGGGGAAUAAUCAGUCGCGUUCGGAACGUGGUACGAGGUGGAAGUUUCGGCUGUUGCACGUGGCUCCGGAAUUACGAAGGUAAAUAUGUUAUUCCUCUGUCCGUGGUUCAGGUAUCAUUCUUAUUACUCUGUUCGGUUGCUUAAUUAAUUGCUUUACGUACUAUCUAUUCAUAUUAUUAACGACAGCCGCGUUGUACAUACACAUUAUGAAUCAUUGGUUUUUUUUCGAUAAUUUCUUAUUCUUUUGUCCCUUAUUCCUAUGGAUUUUGGACAAUGGAAUAAGAAUUUCCUAAAUUUUUCUUGUUUUUCUUAACUGACUUUCAAAAAGAAGAGUAGUUUUCAAGUGAUUUCCUAUAUUUUAAAGUAACUUAAUAAAAAAACUUACAUCUUUUUAAAAAUAUUAAUAAAAAAAAUUUGACCUUUUUAGCACCUAGUGCAUUUACAGUCUGAAUGUUAUUAAUAAAAAUAAAUAUAAAAAUAUUCUAGAAUACUUUUUUGAUAGUUUUGUGAACAAAAGUACAAUAUAUAAUUUAUAAAUAUACGGUUUUUUAACAUUUUUGUUAACCUAUCCUGACUUAUCUUAUUCCUCUGGGCCUAAAUUUCUUAUUCAAAAAGUUAAAAUGAAUUUAUUUUAUGAAUGAGUUCACAAAAAUAUGGGCCAAAACCAUAGUUAUGUCUAAAAAUAAAUCUAUUUUCACAAGAGUAUGUCCUUAUUGGUCAAAUUUCAAAAAUAAAAAAGGACAGAGGAAUAAGACAAAAAACGCUGUCUCGUAGAAUGACCCAUUAUUAAUGGUUCAAAUAUUAUUUUUAGGUUAAAAUCUUUUCGAGAUGAAAACAAUAGAAUAACGAAGAAAUUCAACGUGGAAAUGAACUUAUGGGCACUAGAGUCUAUAGGUGUGGUAGCUC